CCGAAUGGGUUUAUGACCAUGGCUGACACACCUCCGCCGGUUUCUCUUAUCCCUCAGGGGAAAAUGCCAAGGUUUUCUACUUUGAAGGAAACGUUUGUAGCUAAAUACGGUACCUAUCCCGAGUUCUUUGUGCGUGCUCCCGGUAGAGUCAACCUCAUAGGUGAACAUAUUGACUACUGUGGUUAUUCAGUUCUCCCCAUGGCCAUUGAACAAGACAUAGUCAUAGCAGCUGCAGCAAAUGAUAGUGGAAAGAUCGUGCUCAGCAAUACAGAUUCAAACUUCAGUGAGUAUAGCUGCGCAACAGACAACAUAGAAAUUGACAAGUCUAAGCCUCUGUGGUUUCACUAUUUCCUGUGUGGAUACAAAGGUGUCUUGGAACAUCUGUCUCUUAAGAAUCCCAAAGGCAUGAAUCUGGUCUUAGAUGGCACUGUCCCAAGAAGUGCAGGUCUCUCAAGUUCAAGUGCCCUUGUGUGUUGUGCUGCACUCACCACGGUUCAUAUAAAUGGACAGCAAAUGGGCAAGGUGGAGAUAGCAGACAUGUGUGCCCUCUGUGAACAAUACAUUGGAACUAUAGGUGGUGGGAUGGACCAGGCCAUCUGUUUCCUGGCAGAGGCUGGAAAGGCAAAAUUGGUAGAGUUUAACCCUUUGAAAGCCACCAAUGUCAGCCUGCCUCAAGGAGUGGUGUUCGUUAUCAGUAAUAGUUGUGUGGAGAUGAACAAGGCUGCUACCUCCCACUUCAAUAUCAGGGUAGUGGAAUGUAGGCUGGCAUGUCAGAUAAUGGCAAAAGAAAAGGGCCUAAACUGGAGGGAAAUCAAAAAGCUAGGAGACUUACAGAAGACUCUUGGUAUCACUCUUGAAGAUGCAAUUAAGCUCACCCAAAGUGUCCUCCAUCCUGAACCAUACAGUAAAGAAGAAGUGUGCAAUAUUCUUGGUGUAAGUGCUGAAGAACUUGCACAAACUAGUCUCAGCCAGAACACACUGACAGUUGCAUCAUUUAAGUUGCAUGAUCGAGCCACCCAUGUGUAUAGUGAGGCGAAAAGAGUGUGGGAUUUUAAGAAAAUUUGCGAUGAGCAGCCUCACAAUGCCUCAGAGAUGCUUGGUCAACUUAUGAAUGACAGCCACACGUCCUGCAGAGACCUUUAUGAAUGUAGCUGUCCAGAUCUUGACCACUUAGUGGACCUUUGCAUACAAUCUGGGGCUCUAGGCUCCAGGCUGACUGGUGCUGGCUGGGGAGGAUGUGCAGUGUCUAUGGUGCCAGCUGAUUGUGUACAGGAAUUCAUCACCGCCAUACAGCAGAAAUAUUAUGCCAAAGAUCCAGCUAGAGAAGCGAGAGUGAAGGAGAGUUUGUUUGCCACUGUUCCAGGAAGUGGUGCAGUUAUCUAUAAGUGGGAUGAUUAGCCACAGCCUGGUUUUAGUGGAAUGUGAAAUUUGUUAUACGAACACAUGGUGCCAAUAAUGCCAAACUGCAUUUCUGUCUUAAAGUUGGUGUUCAUCAGAGCAAUAUUAUAUUUUAAACAUUUGAUUUGAUAUUUGUAUAAAGUAUUGUGAUUUGCUUGAAGGAUUAAAACAUGAAUUGCAGAAGUUCUGUUCAGACUGAGCUAUCACUGUCAGUUAAAAUGAUAUGUCAGUUAUAAAGUUAAAGAAGAUAUAUUUUGAUAUACAUGUAUAAUAAUUAAAAUAAUGAAAAUUCAUAAGCUUUUUUUUAAUAAUUUGUGGUAAUGGUAGAUAACUUGACUGAGCUUGUUCCUUAUUUUCUCAAUUAGAGAAGCUAACAUUCCAAAAUCUAUUUAUAUACAGUUACAAGUCAAUAAUGUUACUAUUCAGAGGUUUAUUAUCUUUUAAGACAUUUACAUAAAUUGUGUGAUUUUAAUCAUUUAAAAUAUAAUAUACAUGUCAUCAUGAGUAUUUACAAAUAUCAGAUAACCUAAACUGACCUGCUUUUUGUUUCAUUAAUGAAAGAAUAAAAGGGAAAUACUUUGUUUUUAAAAUGUAGAAUGAUUAAGAAGUAAAGUGGAAAAACACAAGUACUAUCCAACAUAGUUUUUCAAGCAUGCCAAUGAUGCCAUGCCAUUGUUUCAGUUUUACAUGUAAUACAUGUACCUGAUUUGUCAUGCUACUGAAAAUAAUUAGAGAAUUUACUAAAAUGUUCUUUACAUAAAUUUUGUAUGUCAGUGAAAACUUUUUGCCCAAUUUUUAAACUGAUCAUUUUUCAGUUU